CCGAGACGCGCCCCCGGCCCCGCCAUGGGCAACAGCGCGGGCCGCAGCGACUUCGAGUGGGUCUACACCGACCAGCCGCACACGCAGCGGCGCAAGGAGAUGCUCGCCAAGUACCCGGCCAUCAAGGCGCUGAUGCGGCCCGACCCGCGGCUCAAGUGGACAGUGCUGGGGCUGGUGCUGGCGCAGCUGGCUGCCUGCUGGCUGGUGCGGGGCCUGACCUGGCGCUGGCUGCUCUUCUGGGCCUACGCCUUUGGGGGCUGCGUGAACCACUCGCUGACGCUGGCCAUCCACGACAUCUCCCACAACACGGCCUUCGGCACAGGCCGCGCGGCGCACAACCGCUGGUUCGCCGUCUUCGCCAACCUGCCGGUGGGUGUGCCCUACGCCGCCUCCUUCAAGAAGUACCACGUGGACCACCACCGCUACCUGGGCGGCGACGGGCUGGACGUGGACGUGCCCACGCGCCUGGAGGGCUGGCUCUUCUGCACGCCGGCGCGCAAGCUGCUCUGGCUGGUCCUGCAGCCCUUCUUCUACUCGCUGCGGCCGCUCUGCGUGAACCCCAAGGCCCUGACCCGCAUGGAGGUGCUCAACGCCCUGGUGCAGCUGGCCGCCGACGCCGCCAUCUUCGCCCUCUGGGGGAUCAAGCCCGUGGUCUACCUGCUGGCCAGCUCCCUGCUGGGCCUGGGCCUGCACCCCAUCUCGGGCCAUUUCGUGGCCGAGCACUACAUGUUCCUCAAGGGCCACGAGACCUACUCCUACUACGGGCCCCUCAACUGGAUCACCUUCAACGUGGGCUACCACAUGGAGCACCACGACUUCCCCAGCAUCCCGGGCUGCAACCUGCCCCUGGUGCGGAAGAUUGCGCCCGAGUACUACGACCACCUGCCGCAGCACCACUCGUGGGUGAAGGUGCUCUGGGACUUCGUGUUUGAGGACUCCCUGGGGCCCUAUGCGAGGGUGAAGCGUGUGUGCAAGCUGGCCGAGGACCGCCUGUGAGCGCCCGCUGGUGCAUGUGGAUGUGGAUGAACCCUGCAGCGCCCUGGCCACACUUCCUGCGUGGAGCUGGCUAUGCCUGUGCCCCCACGGCCUGGGGCCUGGACCAGUUUGGCUGCAUUCAGUUCCUGUAGCCUGUAUUGCUGCUCUUGUCCCCAGAGCCCUGGGGACUGGCCUGGAGGCUGUGGACACAAAGGUCUAGAGCAGCUCCCAGCUUGCUGAUGCCCAUAGGCCAGACCCUUUCUGGGCCCCACCCGUGAGGCCUGGCCCUGCCUGGGUGCUGCCCUUUGGGCUCAUUUCGCUGGUGUCUUGCCCUCAAUUAAAUUCAGCGUGUAUUUCACACCCAUGAAUUGUCCUCCAGGAGGUGGUCUUGGCACCAGUCUGGGCCUCUGAGGACAAGGUCCAACUGGCUCCGGCAGGGUGUGUCGGAGACCUUUGUGCCCCCAAAUCCCACCUGCUCCCCACCCUUCGGGGCUGCAGUUGCUUGCACACUGUCUAUGCAGCGUUCCUGAGGGCCCUGCUGUGGGUGCCCAGUGCUGCGGGUGUGGGCAGCAGGAGGCCCUGCCUGUCCUCGAGGCACAUGUGGCACCACAGCCCCCCAUAAACAGCCUUGGGAGCCCGUCCCCGCUCUCCAUCCGCCGAGCCCUGCAGGCAGUCUCCCCUUGGCGGAGUCCAUGCCCUCCCAGCUCCACCUUGACCCCUCACCUGCAGAGCCUCCCCUGAUCCGAGGGUCCCGGCUUGACACAGGGAGGGGUCUGUCCACCCCGUCCCCCAGCUCAGACGUGGCACUUGAGGUGAUUCUCGCAGGAUAGGACACAGGUAUGCAGAGGCAGGAGCAUGGGCGCAGCUUGAGGGUGCAGGCCGGGGCGUAGGGUCGCUGUGAGCCGGGAGGCGGCCCUGCCCUGCUGCGGUGGAGGCUGAGGGCACCGCUGGAACCUGGGGAGGCACUGCAUUGGGGAGGGGGAGUCCUGGUCUCCCAGGGAUGAGGCCCCAGGGCUGGGUAUGGCAGGGCCUCUCAGCUGACCCAGGAGAGGUACUUUGCACCCCCGCCCACCCCACCCCCCUAACCCCAGGUGCUCAGCUGGGACUUCCUGCUGGGGAUGGGAGUGGCUUCCCAUGGUGCCAGGCACCCAGCUCUCCUGUGGCCUGAACUCCUGGGAUGCCAGGGGAGGGGCCUUUGUUGUGCAAGGGAAGCUCUGCUCUACCCAAGCACCAUGAGCCUGGCAGCUGCUCCUCUGAGCACCAGCUGCCCAGGCCGAGGGGAGCCCCUGCUUUCAGCUGCUGGCCUCCGGAGCCCC